UUUUGCCGUACCUAUCCACAAUGUUGCUUAGUAUCUGAGCAUAGAGAAGAGAGAAGAAGCAAGAGGUGUGAAAAUGACUUUGGUGAGAGAGAGAAGGCACCAACAACCACUAAGGCUAUCCCUACCACCACCCAUACCUGCAGCUGACUUCCGGCAUCAGAUCCAUUCGCCAUCAUUAUCAUUGACCAUUAGUCCAGAUUCUCCAAGCAUAGAGAAGCUCUCAGACCUAGAAAAACUGGCGGUUCUUGGCCAUGGCAAUAGUGGCACGGUCUAUAAAGUACGGCACAAACGCAGCUCCUCCAUAUUUGCAUUGAAAACCCUCCGUUUCGACCGAAACUCCACCAUAAUUCGCCAACAAGCAGGAAGGGAGGCAGAGAUCCUUAGACGCGUGGAUUCACCUUACGUUGUCCAGUGCCAUGCGGUUUUUGAUAGUGAGGAUGACUUGUACUUUGCAAUGGAGCACAUGGAAAGAGGAUCACUGCAUGAUGUUCUGCUUGUACACAGAAUAUUGCCUGAGGAUGUCAUAUCUGGUGUGGCACGGUGCAUUCUGAAUGGGUUACAGUAUCUCCAUGAGAAGCAGAUAGUACAUGGGGACAUAAAACCCUCAAAUCUACUGAUAAAUGCUGAAGGAGUGGUUAAGAUUGCAGAUUUUGGAGUGAAUCACGGAUUCGCAGGAGAUGUUUGGUCACUUGGGGUGGUAGUUUUGGAGUGCCUGGUGGGUCAUUAUCCAUUGAUUGGUUGUGGAGAGAAACCAGACUGGGCAGCAUUGGUGUGUGCUAUAUGCUUUGGGGAGAGAUUGCAAAUGCCGAAGAGUGCAUCCAGCAGGAUUCAAAGCUUUGUUAGGGGGUGUCUAGAGAAGGACUGGAAGAAGAGAGGGACUGUGGGUGAGCUUCUUGAUCAUCCUUUUGUGACCCAGAUCAGUUUUGAAUCUAGACAUGGGGUAGCUGAUUUUGUUUUGCGUGAUUGAGAUUCAUUUUUCCUUUUCUGUUCUCUCCAUAUCUUAUGUUAUUUCAGUACCUUUUGGUCUGGAUAUAAGCUGUGAAAGAAUUUCGUUUUGAUAACAAAAUGGAAAACCUUCGAGCCAA